CUCAGGCCGGGGUAGGCCAGGGCAGGAUCCGGCUCCCCGACACGGCUCUGUCCCGGCAUGUGGACUCAAACAACAGCGACACGGCUGGUUUAUCUUUGUGUGCCACACUUUGAGGGAUUUUUGGAUGAACACGCAGUGCAGCGAUGCUGCACAGGCUGUUCCUGACCCAGCCGUGAGCCUGUGCCAUGCGUGUGUUCUCCCCCACUAGACAAUGGCUGACUGGGCCCCCAUAGCGAAGGAGUACGAUCCCCUCAAGGCUGGCAGCAUCGAUGGCACGGACGAGGAGCCCCACGACCGGGCCAUAUGGCGGGCGAUGCUGGCUCGGUACGUACCCAACAAGGGCGUCACGGGAGAUCCUCACCUCACCCUUUUCGUGGCAAGGCUCAAUCUUCAGACCACAGAAGAGAAGUUAAAGGAGGUUUUUUCCCGCUAUGGAGACAUCCGAAAAAUCCGUCUGGUUCGAGACCUGGUCACGGGAUUUUCCAAGGGUUAUGCGUUUAUUGAGUACAAAGAGGAGCGUGCGCUCCUGAAGGCCCACAGAGAUGCCAACAGGCUGGUCAUCGACCAGCAUGAGAUCUUUGUAGACUUUGAACUGGAAAGAACUCUCAAAGGAUGGAUUCCCCGGAGGCUUGGGGGUGGGUUUGGAGGCAAAAAAGAGUCUGGGCAGCUGCGGUUCGGAGGACGGGACAGACCUUUCCGAAAGCCCAUCAAUUUGCCAAACAUGAAAAAUGAUUUUUAUGGAGAAGGAUCAUCAGAGAAAAGAAACUGGUCUCGUGAGGGAACGAGGGACUGGAGAACGAGGGACCGGGACCACGAGAGGAGCAGGGACAAACGCUGGCCAGAAAGGGAGAGGUCGUGGGCUUGGGGUGACGGUGAGAGAGAGAGGGACUCCAAAGAGGAGAGGAGCAGGGGGAGGGAAAGGAAGGACAGAGACAGGAAGGACAGGGAUAGAGACCGGAGCCGGGACAGAGAUACCAAGAAGCAAAGAGAUGAUGAUAAGCACCGAUAGGUGACCUACCCUUACAGCAGCUUGGGGCUGUGACAGCAAUCCCAGAACAAGCUGUGGUGUUGCCACCUUGUGCCUGUAACUCUGCUGCCAUCAGCUCUCUGUAGUUCGGUUCCUAAUGCAGUUCAGAUGUGUGUUGAAUUGUUCUUUAGAGAAAAUAAACUUUUGUAUUAAUGUUUUUGAA